GGGAAUGGAUCGAUUGGCUUUACAGUACAGUACUUGUUCGCCGCUGUAGAUGAGCUUGUGCCCAAAGCAGUUUACAGGAAACGUUCGAAAUACAGAGCACUGGAAAUGCAAACGCCCCAAAUACCGAAUGUGUCGUUAAAUUCCCAGCAUCCCACUGCUCUAAGGAUCUGGGUUUUAUGAGUUGUCACAAUUAAUGGGUAUCAGGGAAUAAUAACGGAAUUGCCUCUGUGUCUUGAAUUCAGCCAGCAGACGCUGCGGAAAUUAGUCAUUUGUAACUUGGCUGAGAUAUGUUUUGCUUGCUUUCUCUUCAAGUAGGCUUCUCUCCGGAUGAUGGUUUUUAACUGCCUUUUUAAAAACUCUGUACAAUCCAAACGUGAUUAACUUGAUGAUUUGGAUCUUUUCUAAGGGCUGUUUGACACAUUGAAUGGAGUGUAGAAACCACCAAUCUCAUGCAGAUCACUGAUGAGGAUUCCUGUAUGAAACAUGAGUUUGAUGUGCUCAUACUUCGUGUUUUUGGAUUACGUCUUAAAAUAUAACUGCAUGAAGUCUUACAAAUGGGGUUGCACUUCACGCUUUUCAGAGCAAUCCUCAUCUCCAACUAGGAAGGUGUGUGGUGAAGUGUGAGAUUGACCUGUGCACCUGAAGCCCAUGCAUUACUUGCACCAACCAUGGCAGAAAGUGGGGACUGGAUUUAUUUUACAUUGUGCUAUGCUAGCUCCAGGCUGCUGCAGUUGAGGGCCCCCAAGGAUCCAAUGCCACUGGUGCCCCCCACCAAAAUACCACAUUUUGAGGCUUUCCUCAGACUACCAUCAGUGGGAGAACCACUGGUAGUAGCUUCCUGCACACUGGGGGCUUCUUCAGUGGUGUCCCUCACCCCCCUGCCAGGGCAGAGGACAGCAGAAAUUGACAGAGGGGCUAUUAUGAUGUCAUCUCCAUCAUAAUAACCCCCACCAACGGCAAGAAUUAGGGUUUAGAACUGUGCUGUCAAUCUGCCUAAUUUUAUAUACAGUACAGUAUUUUGAUCCCUGGAGGAGUAAGGAUAAGAGUUGCUUCCAAGUAGUGUCAAAAGUAAAAUUGCACAGUAAAUUAUUCUGUUGCUUAAGGGGAUGAAAGUUGUAUUAGACAAUGUUUUUAUCUUUCAAGGCACUCCCAACCCUAAGAGUCCAUGACUCAUCUGUCCUCAGUAGCGUAUGUAAACAUGUAUAUCUGCUUAGUGCAAUAAGCAGGCCAAUGAAUCUGAAAAAUUUCCACAUAUUUCUAAAUAGAUAAUAUCAUGUCUAAAGUAUGAUGUUCUGAGGUUGACAGUCUGUCUGUUAGACUUGUAUUUGAGAGAUGGACAGAUAUGCGCAAUUACUUCAUGGUGAUGGACUUAUUUUUCUGAAUGGAAGAAUUGUUGCAGUAGCAUGUGAUACUUAAGCAAUAUGGUGAUGUGACAGCAGGUGUUUUCUGAGACCUAGUUAAUUUGGGAGGAGACCAAUACCUAGCUAAAGUUGGGAGGAGAGUAGAGCAGAAUCUGAUGAAAAAGUGCAGGCUUUUAACAGUCUUCAUUGUAAAACUGUACCAAAUUACACAUGACUGAAUUUUAUACCACAGCCUCAGUAGCCUGGUUUGCAUGUAAUGUUAACCCAUAUUUAAUAUUUAACUAUAGUUUUACAUGAAUUAGCACUAUCCACUGAAAGUCCACACUUUGCUCCUCCCCUUUUGUGUACUGAGAGCAGCAAACCGAAGGGCUUGGUUUGUCAUUUAUGUGCAAACCUGGACUUGUGACUGACUUCCCUUGCCCACGGCAAACAAAUGAUGUGGAGAAAUCUCGUAUAUGGAUAAGCCUGAUAGUGAUGUUGGCAGUGGAAAAAAGCUGCUGUAACGACAGACAGGAUGAGUCGGCUGUUAGACAGUCAAGAAAAUGCCCAUGGCAGCAGUCUAAGCUCUCAUCCUUCUUUACGGGAUGUUCAUUCCAUCAACCCAGCACAGCUAAUGGCAAGAAUUGAAUCUUAUGAAAGCAGAGAGAAAAAAGGCAUAUCUGAUGUCCGAAGGACUUUCUGUUUGUUUGUCACCUUUGACCUCUUGUUUAUAACCUUGCUGUGGAUAAUAGAGUUAAAUGUAAAUGGGGGCAUUGAGAAAACAUUAGAAAAAGAAGUCCUCCAGUAUGACUACCAUUCUUCGUACUUUGAUAUCUUUCUCCUGGCAGUCUUUCGGUUUAUGAUUUUGAUACUUGCAUAUGCAUUGUGUAGACUUCAACACUGGUGGGCAAUAGCUUUUACAACAGCAGUAACCAGUGCCUUUUUAUUAGCAAAAGUAAUUCUGUCCAAGCUAUUAACUCAAGGGGCUUUUGGCUAUGUAUUGCCCAUCAUAUCUUUCAUUCUUGCCUGGAUUGAAACCUGGUUCCUAGACUUCAAAGUUUUACCACAAGAAGCAGAAGAAGGAAACAGACUACUGUUGGUGCAGGAUGCCUCUGAACGAGCUGCUCUUAUUCACUCGGGACUCCCCUCUGAUGGGCAGUUCUAUUCCCCACCUGAAUCUGAAGCAGCUCCUAAGACAGGUAGGCAGCAAAGGUUCCUGUGGCGCCGCAAAAUGAAAGAAGGGGAGGACGCCACGUGUAAAAAUGGCAUUUUGGAAGUUGUGGAUCUGAUGAAGAAUCUGAAGAAAAACAGGACAGUGAAAAACCUGUUGUAUAGCAAAUAUGACAAAAAAUAAUAGGUAAGUUCUUACAUUUGAAGUACUUGGUCAACAGUUUGUUCACAAUUUAGCAGCUGUAACCUGCAUGUUCUCCUGCCCCAUGCUGUAUUAUUUAUACAAUUGGCUUGAAGAUUAGACUAUAGAUUGCUAAACGCCAAAUACUACUAGAGAACAAAUUUUCACUGUAGCAUUUUGUUUCUGUGCGCUUUACUUGCCCUGUUGAGUAAGAAAAUAAAUUUGUCUUAUAUAGAAGACAUAGAUACAGGUUGUGAUUUUAGGUACAAGAUACAGUUGGCUAUCAUGUAACUACAUAAUUAAGCAGCACAUAAAGCUGCUCUUGGCUGUACAAUUUCAGCCAGUGGUUGAAUGGUCCUCCAUCCAGAAAGCCCCUGUGCAGAGAAAACAGGUGUGGCUGGAAAAGGUUCCCUGCUCCUUUACUCCAGUUUCUAAGUGUGGGGGUGUUUCAGUUUUGCCGGCUGUCUUGCAUUUGAAUGUUUGGCUUUCUAUUUCAGAGUGAAAACCAGAAUGUGGAAUUACUCUUGGAAUUUGCUACUCUUGGAACUGUAAUGAUGAUGACUAUGUUUCACUUAUUAUUGGAACUCAUAGCAGAAACAUUUAUUUAUUUAUUUAUCAAGGGAAGCUAUCCCUGGGCUGUCUUAAUACCUCACCAAUUCUGUAUCUCAUAUGAGAGAAUGACUGAAUCAUGCCUAAUAGGAAAAAGUGCUUGUGUGUAAUGUAUCAAUGAUGCUUGUUGAUGCGCAUUUUCUAAUGACCAGGAAGCCACUGGAGAAUGGCGUACUUGUGGAUCUAACCUAUAGAUGUAAUAGUAUAUGAAGUAAUACUUUACGAUGAAAGUCUUGUCUAAUGAAGAAUUGGAUUCACAAAAUUGUUAAUGUCGUCCAUUUUACUUUUUAUUUUUUAACUCUUUUUUUAAAAAAAGAUUGAGAUAAGCGCUCCUUGUAAAUUAAAGGAACACAUUAAUAAGAUGUGUUUGUGUGAUGUACAUUCUCAACGUUUGAGAGAAAGCCUUGCCUCCUCUUAAAUAGAACUAUAAACUAUUAUGUUAAUGU